UCAGAGUUUCUAUGUGGUGAGGUUCAGUUUGAUAUUUUGCUUAACCUACUGCGUUCUCUGGCUUCCCGGCUGUGUGAAGAGCCUGGUCUACUGAACGUGGAGCUGGCCGGCAGACUAGGCCAUCUGGCAGGACCAGAAUGGCCGCUUAUAGGAAGGUCGCUGCUUGGUAGUCUCGAUAAAGCUACCAGGCAAACAGGACUAAACUAUCUACUACCCCUAAUGCCCGUCUGCUAUUUACCACCUAUUCAUCCUGAUUUUUUAAAAGUGCGUGUAUGCCGGGCCAAAGCAGUGGACUAUCUCGUUUGUUUGACUGCAGAUCAUCGGUUCCUCAUCACACUUAGCCCUACUCGAUGCACUUCUGAUAAGUGUCCUCAUCAAGGAACAGUAGUACGAGUUUCAUCAAUUGCAAAUACCAAGCAGCUACAAGAAAGAAGCCAUAAUUCAUCUCUGGCAGCAUGCAAAUCUAGACCGGAGGAGACUGGGAAUGUGUUUCUUAUCAAGUGGGAUGCUAAAUAUUUAACCAAAUCUCAGGUAUUUAACCUAGGACGUUGGCCAGACCGUGUAUUCACCAAGAUUUCUUGUCCAGCUUAUCAGGAUAAUCAUCUUCUAAUUAGUUAUCGUUGGCAUGCCGAAAAUAUUAAGAAUGAUAAUCGGAAUAACUCAUGCGAGGAGCUAAACGGCUUGCUGCUUGUAAACUGUAACAAGGGCCAAAUUGAAGGAGAGAUUUCCCUGCCAUUGGGUUGCACUUCAGUGAUUAUCAGUCUGACAAAAUCUCACAUUCUUCUACAAACGAGUUCCUGUUACGGACAAUCCACUAGCUCUGCUGAAGCAGCUCAUAAUGGCAGCAGGCUAGGUUGCCUCCAACCGUCAACUACGAGCUCUAUAGAGAUUUUCAGCCUGUCAAGCUGUUCUCGUUUAACUAAUUAUGUCAUGCAAGUCCCUAUGCCAUGCUGUCUCUUACCCGGCGACAGAUAUAUCAUCACUCCAGCAACAUGGAGGCCAGGUCUAACAGAUCGAAUUCAAACGAAGGUAUUCAAAGAUCAGAAGUCUGGACAAGCUCGACUAUGCGGAGGUUGGGGUCAAAAUUCAGUUGCGACAGAGACAGAGUUCAUGGAGCCAGAGAUGGAUUCUAUCUAUAGAUUGGGGGUGUUACAUCUGCAGCCGGUGCAGUCUCCAAAAAAGUUAAUCACGCAAUUGUCUUGCCCUCUUAGCCCGAGCUGUGUGAUACCAAACCAUCGGGGAGAGCAUCUAUUCGUGGGUUGUAAAACUCACGGUUGUGUCUAUCGCUAUGAUCUAAACUCUUGUGAAACUUGA